UCUGCAAACUGUUGGUCCCAUCCUCGUCCUGUGAACAUGUUUAACAGUUACAAUGUGAAGUUCUACCACAGCAAAGCUCUCACCUCACCGUAUCCAGGAUCACACAUUGAGCGUAGCCGUGUUCCUGAAGAGAAAGUGGACUGGCAGGUUGAAUGGCAAGAUUACAAUCCUGUGGAGUACACUUCCAGGUCUGUUUUGGCAGGACCCAGUUGGGCAGAUCCCCAAAUCAAUGAUGAAGGUUUUUCUCCCAAAUUCAAUGAGAGAGAUGGAGAAGUGGAGAGGAGGAGCCUGAGUGACUUGUAUGUGGUUGAAAACGGGAGGCCCCGAAAUCCAGUGGGAAGGACUGGCCUCACAGGCAGAGGAUUGUUAGGGCGCUGGGGACCAAACCAUGCUGCUGAUCCUGUUGUGACUAGGUGGAAGAGGGACAGAAGUGGCAAUAAAAUUGCUCAUCCAGUUACUGGCAAAAACAUCUUGCAGUUUGUAGCUAUCAAGAGGAGAGACUGUGGGGAGUGGGCCAUUCCAGGGGGGAUGGUGGACCCAGGGGAGAAGAUUAGUGCUACCCUGAAGAGAGAAUUUGGGGAGGAGGCCUUGAACUCAUUGCAGAAAUCACCUGAGGAGAAAGCAAAAUUGGAGAAGCAGCUCCACAAGCUGUUCAGCCAGGAGCACUUUGUGGUGUACAGAGGAUAUGUGGAUGACCCUCGUAACACUGAUAAUGCCUGGAUGGAGACAGAAGCUGUGAACUAUCACGAUGAAACUGGUGAGACAAUGGAUAACUUGCCCCUGGAAGCAGGUGAUGAUGCUGGAGUGGUGAAAUGGGUUGACAUCAGUGAGAAGCUCAAGCUGUAUGCAAAUCAUAGCUACUUCAUUAAACUUGUGACUGAGAAACGGGGAGCACACUGGAGUGAGGAUCAUGGUCCUGAAUGCCAUGAGUGAUGGAAAUGAGGAACCGAUGAGCAUCAAGUGGAGAAUACAUUUUGCAGCUUUCAAAGAGAUGACCUUGUCCUUUUCAGUGGAAAUUCAGAGAAAAUUCCAUAAAAUUCAGCUGGCAAAAACACUUGGCAGUGAUAAAUAGAGGCUUUUUCAGAGACUUGAGCUUGCUGCUUUUGAUUUCUCAGCUGGUG